GGCUUCUGUCAAGAUCGCCCAGCGAUCAGGGACGAGGACAAGCAAUUUGGUCACGUAUCCGUACAGCCCUUUGACGCCCUCCAGCGCCGGUAUCUCGUCCACUCCUUCUAGAUUACAUGCCGGGCCCUGACGCCUCCUCUACAAGCAGCCCUUUGCUUGAUCUCUCGCCUCCGAACCACUGAGGCCUGACUCUCUUCGCCGAGCGUCUCGACUCAAGCGCUCCUAGAGAAGUGAAGUGGACAGCCGGCUGUGCACUAGCUGCGUUCUCGAGCAGAGCAAGGCGCUCUUCAUAGUUGCGGGCGAGGUAUGCACCAGGAACUUUCAGUGAUGAGCGAGGGUCAUUCCCAUCAUCGCGAGCCCUUUCAGCGUUCAUGGGAUGAAUCGCAGGGCUCAACUUCGUACUCCCAGUCGCCUGUAUUUGGCCAACAAUACCGCCCUUAUCAGCAACAGGAACACCACAUGCCUGCUGCUGAUUUGCCCGAUCAAGAUUGGUCCACCCUGACAUCGGCCAUGCCUCUCCCUUCUGGCCAUCAAGCGCGUCCUGAACUCGGACAGCAAUACGGUCAGUACCAUCAACCACAUGUCUCUGGCGUCGACCCCAUCAACAAUCCUUCGUCUCAGUCUUCUAUGCUCUCCUCUCCGGCAUCAUGGAGCCACGAGCCCCACAACGAGCUCGAGGGCGGCAGCCACGACGGCAGAUCAGCAAGUGCGCUUCCAGACUUGUCGGGCCAAGGGCAAGAUCAAAGCAGGCACACUAGCGCUGCUGCAAACGCCAACAGACUGGCAACUGCUGGUAGUGCUACCAGCGCCAGCGGAGGAUUCGGAGAUCUCUCGGCCCAACAUCGCGUGUCGAGCGAGUCCUCACAAUGGCCCGGCUUGCCUCAUAGCAGCUCUGCAGAGAAUCUCUGGCAACCCGAGCAGCAGCAGCAACAACAACAGCAACAUCAGCAGCAGCAGAGACACCCGUCCGGAGAAGUCGGAAGUGCAUUCUUUGGUACUCAAGCCUUUCAAAAUAGUGGCGAAGGCGCCCUCAAUUGGAUGAGAAACACGGACAACGGUAACGUCAGCUCAGAACAAGCCAGGAAGGGUCUGCAGCCCUCUUCCCUCCAAAGUGCGGGCUCUUCCACCGCGGCAGGACAGCUGCGCUAUCCUCAACGUGACGAUGGACAGUGGAACCCUCACUUGGGUCAAGACUCCCACCUGAAGGGUCGUUCUCAGAUGUCCACGACCCCUCGUCUCCCGGUCUUCUUUCAGACCAGCCAACACCACGGCAGCUCGGACAGCGGUGUUCGACAGUCUACCCAUACACAGCCUGGAUCGGUAUUAUCGCAUAGUCGGGCGAUGUUCCCCGAAAUGAGCCCCUCCCCGCAACACUUCGCUCGUGGUAACCUUCCGCCCGUUCAGCAUCACUUGCGACAAGAUUCCCCUCUGAGCUUUGAUAGCUCGGCGGAGGAACGCGUGUCCUGGGGUUCUCAACUUCCAUAUGGUAUGUUGGAGAAUUAUCCGCAAGCCGGUGAAAGGCAUCAUAAUCCCAGCACUAGUGGGAUCAACAAUGUUGCAGCCGGCCAUGCCAACGGAGAGGUGUCGUCGAGUCAACCCUUACUGCCGGGCUUCGCACCUGUGCUAAGUACAUCACUGGGCCCGAACGGACACUCCCUCGGGUCCACCUUAGCUCAGGCCUUCGCACCCGCCACAUCGGCUGGCGACCAAGGGCCUUCUUCACAUCGUCAUCCAGCAGCUCUCGGGGCAAAUGCUGCGCUUGCCAAUCGUCCAAGGGCAAGCACCCUGAGUGUAGCUCCUUUAGGCGGCAGGAAACCGCUGGUUGGGCAACAGGACCACUCCGCACCGUUCCAACGUUCUCUGAGCAGCGAUGGCAUGAACACCUCGUCCCUCGAACAAGGGCGAUUCGCCACUAGCGGGUCCGACCAUCUUGCCUCGGGCCCGCAAGGCGCCUUCAUGUCCCCACAAUCCCAACAGCAUGCGAGCCCGUACAUCGGUGGAUCGAGUCAGUCUUCCCCAUUCUCUCAUCAGUCGGCAGUCUUCCCUCGACCCCCUGGACACUCCAUUGACUCUUGGGAACAGCAGCAGGACUUCCCGACAUCCAGAGGUCACUAUCGGGAACACAGCGGUGGCAGUGGCUUCAAAGACCAUGACCCAUCACGAUUGUCGUUGGCUCUGGCCAAAACGCAGAUAGGCGGUCCGUCCACGAGAGUGGAAGCAUCACAGCUUCAGCAAGCGCCUGGACAGCAGUACGGACUGAGUUCUACAAUCAUUGAGGAAGAGGAAGAUUACGGUGGAACUUAUGAUCUCUCCAGACGACAAUUCCCGGAGCAAGCUACCAUGCAGUACCUUGCUGGACCUCGAGGAGUGCCGAAGCUUGAAGUACAGUACCAGGAUCUGGGUGACCAAUCAUCAGAUAGCUUGUCUGCUGCAGAUCAGUCCGGCAGCUUCGCUUUACAGCAGCGCAACGUCUCGCAGUCAGAAUUGCCGCAAGCAAUCCUCCAGCCUCUGACCCAGCAAUAUCAGCAGCACCACCCGUUCGCUGGAGUUGGUUCUGUUCCCAACUCUGUGCAGCGACGAUACCGUCCUGUCGUGAGACCCAGCACCUAUCAGCAACUGAGCAUUAUGGACUUUGAAGACAACGACGAUGCGUCUCUUGGCUCUCUGGGCGCGUCAAGCUCAAACACCAGCAGAUCCUCUCCCGACUCGUUCAUCGACUCUGCCAUUCAACACUACAUCACAACCUCGAGUCGUCUCGGCUUGGGCGAGAGGACUAUUCUGAUCAUGACUAGCAAAGUAGCCCAAAAGUCCUAUGGAGCUGAGAAACGAUUUCUCUGUCCCCCACCUAUGGUGCUUCUUAUCGGCAGCAGCUGGUGGAACGUCUGUCAGGACUCUAGCAUGGUCGGGAUGCGCGCUCACGAAGGCCUCAGCGGACCUCCCACAGUGCUAACGCCUCCGCGUGUGAAUAUCGCUAUGAGUGGCGAGACAAACAAUCAUGACGGCGUGCUUGAAUGGGCUACGAGCAGCGGCAGGCUGAUCGAUGUGGGUAAUCCUUCCUCGGAGAUGGCAGUCUCUGGCCGCUGCAUCGGCAAGCAGCUGUACAUCACCGAUGUCGACGAAAAGAGGAGGUCCUGUGAGACCUUGGUAUCUGUGUCUGUGCCCGGCAUGAGCGCCAACGAUGCAAGAUUACUGGGCACCUUUGCGAGCAAGCCCAUCAAAAUCAUCAGUAAGCCCAGUAAGAAGAGACAGACCAAUCGUAAUGCCGAACUUGGGAUCGCGCACGGGUCCAUCGUCUCACUCUUUCACAGGCUUCGUUCGCAAACGGUCUCCACGCGAUACCUCUGCGUGUCAGGCGCACCGUCGUGGUUCAAAGGAUCUGACGGUCAGCCUUUCCAUAGCCUCAACCCUCAGAAGCCUCCGUCAGGCGCUCAAAGCGAUCAACCGUCGUGCUUCGUCGCAAAGAUGACCAGUUGGGAUCCGUUCGUGAUCUAUCUCGUCGAUCCAAAGAAGAGUGCUCUAGCCGACCCCAACGCGCCAGCGAUGAAGCCCCCCGUCAUGGGCUAUCCUUCGCCACCUCCAAACGCCUUGGAAGUCCCAUCGAGUGGUCAGCAUCCUCUGCAGGUCCAUUACAAUCAGAGGAUUGUACUACAGUGCCUCAACACAGCUGCAGUCAGCCCCGUCAUGGUCAUUCGCAAGGUCGAAAAAGCCACUACGGUCGUUGGAGGUGUCGCAGCUUCCUCUGUGAGGCCUACCACGGACGAGGCACUCGGAGAUCCUGUGUCUCAGCUACACAAGAUUGCUCUCGAAGUCGUCGACGAGUCAACAGCACCCGCUCCCGUAGCUGCUCUCAAUGGUCUUGGCGGGCAGUCGUGUCCUCCAGGCGCCAGCGGCGCCUUUUUGGCAUGUCUCAACGAGUCAGUGGGGAUGCGGCGACCGGUGGAAGCUCGGAAAUGGCUAUGGUCACCUACCGCUGAAGGAAAUGAAGGUGCAGGCGCAAGUGGAAGCUCUCCAGCCAUGGGUGCCUCCUCCUCCUUGGGGGAUCCCCAGAGUCCAGCUGCACUUGCCGCCGCUCAUGCCGCCGCCGCUACGCGCACUUCCAUCGCGCAAGGCCGAUACUCUACCAGUUCCGUCCCUGGCUCUUCGAGCAGCAAUAGGCACUCCUUCUCUGGUGGGUCAGCUGCCAGCGGCAGCCCUUACAUAGUGCCAGCGUCACAUCAGCAACAGCUACAGCAGGAACAGCAGCUUGCUGAAGUCUCGUCUGAUGGAGGCAAGGUAAAGAGACCUCGACGAGUGUCAUCCUCGCAAGCUUCGCCCUCGCAGCAGCCUCGCAGCGGCUCUCUGAGUGGUCCGAGCUCUACCGCCGCUCCACUCUCCAAGGGCAGACGACGAGGUCAAUCUCUCUCCGUGCUGGAAUGGCAAAGGGCGCAGGCUAAGCAAUCCGCCGCGGGACUGGACCUUGGACUGCCUUCCUCGGCUUCGGAUACGAUUCUGGGUGACAUUCCUUCGAGCGCUGCUUGGUCUGCCGAGGUGGCAGACUCGGACAUCUGGACGAUUGUCGGCACUGAUAUCGCCCGCCACACCUUCUAUGUGCCACCUCGCGUCGCUGGAGGCAUCCGUCCCCCAACCAAGAUUCCCGACUCGGGCAUCGCACAUCUCAUCACCACUCCUGCCCCAUCGGUGCCCAUCACGCCUAUUCCGAUCCUCCACAGCUUCAUCCCGCCUUCGAAUCCCAGCAGCGACGUCUCCGGUGAUAUGUCCGCUUCUGGCAGCAUGACGGGCGGCGCACCUCCUUCGCAAGACCGUCUGGUUACACUGCUGGGAGAGCGUUUGAGCGAAGACCUUCACGUCUACUUUGGCGACUGGCGCUCCACCUUUGUGCAGGUGCAGAGCUCAGAGACGAUCCUCUGCGCUCCUCCUCCACCUGCCAGUGAGGCAUUCCAGGUGCCCAGUGUACGACUGCCGAUUCUCUUUGUGCGAAAGGACGGAGUCGUCUUCCCUACGGAAUGCAUCUACUCGGUCUGAUGUCUCCUUCGCAUAUAAACAAGCGGAGGGCAAUACAACACAAUAUCAAGACAGUGUAUAGUACGCGGUCCUAUGCAGAGGGACAUCAGCCGACGGGCACUUCCAAUAUCAGAUGGAGGGAGUAUGCGGGCGCGGGGGUCUGCCUCCCCUGGCCCGCACGCUUCUUACCUCACGUUGGCAUACGAGCGUCGGCUGCUCCUUCCCUCGCUGCCUGAUCGUUCAUCUUUGUCUCCUUUUCCCGUUUACUUCCAUCUGUCAGCACGGUUCCCCUCUUCUUUCACCUCUUGCCCUCUCUUUAUGCCCAUGUCACCUUGUAUCACCUCGCUCUUUCACACGCACGCAC